AUGACUGCUCUCUCAACCUACGAGAAAAACAACGGAUUCUACCCAAUUACACUCGAAUUCCCCAAAAUGGAUCUCAUGGGGUUAGAAGAAAUGAGAAAAACACUCUCAAACUACGAUAUCCCAAUCGACAAGAUAUACAUAGGCAAAGGAACUAGAAAAACGAUCCACCUGAUGAUUAAAAACGAACAAUCUCUCCUAAAUAUCAUUAGAGAUAGAAGCAAAUUGGGAACCUUCAUCACCUCCAGUAGAGACUACCACGUCCUCACAGGAAGAGUAAGAAUUCCAAGAGAAAAGGCAGGAAUAGUGGACGCCCUCAUCAAAACUGCCUUUGCAGAAGAAAUACCCUAUGCAAUAUACCAUACUAUAUACUCCACCGACCACCUCCUAGUAUUCGGUCUAAUAGAAUGCAAAAUAGGCGAUCAAAUGAAAUCUGGCCAACACAAUACAGAAAUCGCCAACUUUACCAUCAGAACGGCCACCAAAACCUACUCCUCACAAAAGAAAAAUAAGAAAGUAGA